GCUACGCGGCGCUCUCCGCUCUCGCUGGGCGGGCGGCAGGGAGCUACCGGCUCUCCGUUCCCGGCCCGGCCGCCGUGUGGGCGGGGAGCGCCGGGUGAGCCGCAGCCCCCCACCGCUGAGCUCCCGCUGGCUGCAGGAUGUGGAAGCUGGUGCCCGCCGCAGGACCAGGGGAGCCGUUUCGACUUCUAGUUGGUACCGAAUAUGUUGUUGGACGCAAAAAUUGUGCUAUUUUAAUUCAAGAUGAUCAAUCAAUCAGUCGAAGUCAUGCAGUUCUGACAGUAAGUCGUCCUGAAACAACCCAUAGCCAGUCUGUUUCAGUCCCUGUGUUAACAAUAAAAGACACCUCCAAGUAUGGUACGUUUGUUAAUGGAUCAAAACUGAGUGGCACUUCAAGGCCUUUGCAGUCUGGUGACAGAGUCAAUUUUGGAGUCUUUGAGAGCAAGUUUAGAGUGGAAUAUGAAUCUUUAGUUGUGUGCUCCUCAUGUUUAGAUGUCGCUCAGAAAACUUCUUUAAAUGAAGCCAUCCAGCAGCUCGGAGGGCUUGUUGUGAAUGAAUGGACAAAAGAAUGUACUCACCUUGUAAUGGCAUCAGUAAAAAUUACCGUUAAGACAAUAUGUGCUUUGAUUUGUGGACGACUGAUUAUAAAACCAGAGUUUUUUAAUGAAUUAAUCAAAGCUGUUCAGUCCAGGCAACAAUUGCCAACUCCUGAAAGCUUUUAUCCUCAAGUUGAUGAGCCUUCCAUUGGUAUUGAUAACCUGGAUUUAUCUGGGCAUCCUGAAAGGAAAAAAAUAUUCAGUGGAAAAACUUUUGUAUUUCUGACUGCCAAGCAGCACAAGAAGCUGGGUCCAGCAAUUAUUCUUGGAGGAGGAGAAGCAAAACUGAUGACGGAGGGAAGAAAAGAAACUUCUUUACUGGUUUCUCCUGAAGUUUGUGUUGUUGAUGUUGGGAUGACAAACUCUCAGAUCCUAGGAUCUGAGUCCAUGAGAAAUUGGACUGAUUCUAUUCUGACUGUCUUGGAAAGCAACAAUCUCAGGGCUAUUCCUGAAGCAGAAAUUGGAUUGGCAGUUAUCUUCAUGUCUACAGAAAGAUACUGCAACCCUCAGAGGCAACCUGAUAACAAAGCUGCAACUAGAAGUACUGCAUCAGGAGCGGGGCCCACCAUUUCUCAGAGUUUGGCUGUGGAUGAAACCAUAAUGCCAACUGCUGCCGCAGAUAACAGUACAUUAUAUGUAGCUGAUACAGAAAUAGAAGAGCAGACAUGUAUGGAGAUAGAGAAGACGACUUCUCAGACAAAGAGGAGAGAAAAAGUGGCUCUCCAGCAAGCCGCUGUGAAGGAGAACCCUAGUACAAGUGGCACUGCAAAUGCAGGAAUACUGAUACCUCGAGCAAACAGAACAUCUGGAUUUAGUCAAAAAAGUCAUUGUCUCUCUCCAUCUAAAAUUUUGGAAGUUGAUAAACCUAGAGAGAGCACUUCACGUCAGCAGUCUAAUUCAAUUACAAAUUACUUCCAUGUAGCUAGGAAAAGGGAAAGAACUGAAGAAGAAGAAACAUCUGUACCCAAACUAGCAAAACUGGAGAAAAGGCCGUUGCCUGUUUCCAAGUGCACUGAAUCCUCAGCUUCAUCAGCGUGGAGCAGUGAAACAGAACAGCAUAGAAAGGGAAAUAACAUCCAGCUUGGAAAGGAAAGUGGUGAACUAGCAAGUGAUAAAACUGACACUAAAGUCGCUUUUAGUGAAAAUCCUGCACCAAAGAAAAGAAAGGAAUUAGAUGAUGUAUCUGAAGAUGUAGAGACACUAGAGAUGGUGUUUGAAAACAGAGACCUAGACUGGGAAAAGCAAACGGCAAGUGGUGACCAGGAAGCUCAAAGCAGUAAACGAAAGAAGAGAUGUCUGGAAUUCGAAGGCAGCAGAACGGAAGAAGUGAAAACAAAGCAGAGAGAGGAGAAUGAAAUGUUGAGAGAAAAUAAAGUUGGAUCAGUUCUGAGUCCAGAAGAGAAAAGUGAGAUCAAGGAAGAAUCACGGGUCUCGAACCACAACAAACUUGAAGAUGACUCCAGCAAUCUUCCUAGCAAACUUCUGUUGACUGAGUUUCGAUCACUGGUUGUCAGCUGCCCAAGACCGAACAGUCCCGCUAUUGGAAAUACCAGAUGCAGAGGACAGAAGAAUUUCAAAACGUUCAGAAAGGUCCCUUAUCCAGGGGCAGGACAACUUCCAUACAUUAUUGGAGGAUCAGAUUUGGUUGCUCACCAAGCUAGAAAGAAUUCAGAACUAGAAGAAUGGUUAAGAGAAGAAUUAGAGGAACAGAAUCGACGUGCAAGAGAAGAAUUGCUUGCUGAUGAUCUCUUUAGAUAUGAUCCUAAUGUGAAAAGAAGAAGAUAAAUUGUGACCGGAAUUUACAGCAGUUCUGUAUCAAAACCUGUUUUCGGCUCCACUGAUACAUUCUCUGGUUACAGCAUGUAAUAUAUACAUGUGUAUGGCUAUUUGAUCUAUCUGUUAUCGUAUGACUUGUUUUUAAAUCUUGGUUUUAUUGCAGAAAAAGAGAAGUUCCUGUCAAGGAUUGUACAUUCGAGACCUUAACAUUUUUGUUUCAGAGUAAUGCUCAGGAAAAUACCAUAUGUAUUUAGGAUUUAAUUUCAGGCAGUUUCUUUCUAAUGUUUAUUUGUCAGGACUAUUGGAGGGGGGGUGGGAAGAAAGGAAGCUAGGAUGAGGCUUUUUUAUUUUUAGAAAGGCCUUGUUAAUUAAUUAGCUUUUUGUAUAUUAUCACUUUUGCCUUACGGUGAAAGUUUUUGAAGAGUGCAUAAUCAAGACAAAGAAGUUACACCAAAGCUUAAGUAUUUCUUGUUUACUCAGGCACAAAUUUAAUAUUAAACAACUCCAGCUUUUUCCUA